AUGGGGAACGCUUGCUGGGAACUCUAUUGCCUGGAACACGGAAUUCAACCCGAUGGUAUGCUACCGCCGCAAAGUUGCUCCAGCGACGAGGGUUUCCAAACUUUUUUUAGCGAAACCGGCGGUGGAAAGUACGUUCCGCGAGCGGUAUUUUUGGACCUUGAGCCUACGGUCAUAGACGAAGUACGAACGGGCACCUACCACCAACUAUUCCACCCCGAGCAACUGAUCUCCGGCAAGGAGGACGCCGCGAACAAUUACGCGAGAGGUCACUACACCUUGGGAAAGGAGAUAAUCGAUUUGGUCCUCGACAGAAUCCGUAAGAUCGCGGACAUGUGCAGCGGUCUGCAGGGUUUCUUGAUCUUCCACGCGUUCGGCGGCGGUACCGGUUCCGGGUUCACGAGUCUGUUAAUGGAGCGUCUCUCGAUGGACUACGGGAAGAAGGCCAAGCUAGAAUUCGCGAUCUAUCCUUCGCCCCAAAUCUCCACCGCGGUCGUCGAACCUUACAACGCAAUUCUAACCACGCACACAACACUGGAGCACUCUGAUUGCGCGUUCCUCGUGGACAACGAGGCGAUUUAUGAUAUUUGCAGACGGAACUUGGACAUCGAACGUCCCACUUACACGAACUUGAACAGACUGAUUGGACAGAUCGUGUCCUCGAUCACAGCGUCGCUGAGAUUCGACGGAGCUUUGAAUGUCGACCUGACCGAGUUUCAGACGAACCUGGUACCCUAUCCAAGGAUACACUUCCCUCUGGCAACGUACGCACCCAUCGUUUCUAUCGAGAAGGCUUAUCACGAACAAUUGACUGUUAUGGAGCUGACGUCCUCGUGCUUCGAACCCGCCAUGCAAAUGGUCAAAUGCAAUCCCCACAGAGGAAAAUAUAUGGCUUGUUGCUUGUUGUAUAGAGGGGACGUGGUGCCCAAGGAUGUUAACGCGUCCAUCGCGACGAUCAAAACAAAGAGGGCUAUUCAGUUUGUCGAUUGGUGUCCCACUGGGUUCAAGGUGGGUAUCAAUUAUCAACCACCUACCGUGGUACCAGGUGGUGAUUUAGCCAAAGUGCAAAGAGCUAUGGCGAUGCUUGCAAACACGACCGCAAUUGCGGAAGCAUGGACGAGAUUAAACAGGAAAUUCGAUCUGAUGUUCGGGAAACGCGCUUUUGUUCACUGGUACGUUGCCGAAAGUAUGGACGAAAGUGAGUUCAACGAAGCGAGGGAAGAUCUGGCCGCUUUGGAAAAAGAUUACGAAGAAGUCGGCAUGGACUCGACCGAUGCUGGGGAAGGGGAAGAUGAAAACUAG